UUUCAGAGUGGAAUAUUCUUUUUUUUUUUCCCUAUUUAGGUGAACACGAUGUUAAAGCACCUUGACCUAUCAUGGAAUGGUUUUGGGAAUGAAGGGGCCCUAGCAAUAGGCGAAGCUCUGAAAUUCAAUCGCACUCUGGUGCACCUCAAUCUCAACAACAACCGAAUCACCAAUGGGGGUGUCAGCAUGCUCUGCAGGGGCCUUGAGUACAACGACACCUUGCAGGUGCUGAUGCUGGCUUACAAUUCACUAACAGUAGAGGGUGCACUGUCCUUGGUCUAUAUGGUGAAGAAAAUGCCUAAAACUUCCUUGGAGGAGAUUAACAUCAGUCAGAAUGUGUUGGUCAAUGAAAACUUUUUACAUCUGCUGGAGGUGACUUGCAAAGAGCAUCCUGGUGUGAAUGUACAAUACGCAGGUGUUGGAGGGUUUAUUGCCAAGAAACCAUUAAAACGCAUCGACCCAAUGAAAGUCAUCCAGGACUAUCUGAAUCAACACAAGCUACGUCUGUGGGAUUUCUUCCGAAAUAUUGACAAAGAUGCCACAAUGCGAGUCCCUGUGAUUGAUUUCAGGAACGCAAUACAGCAAUCAAGUGUUCCCUUGGAUCGAUUCCAAAUUGAGGAGCUUAUCCAAAGGCUGGAUCGCGACAGGACAGGAAUGGUGGACUACAGGGGACUGGUCGAUACCAGGAAGCAGAUGAUGCAGAAUCACCGCCGACAACUGCGCAAGGUCGCAUCCCGUCUGAAGAAAGAGAAGCGUAAGAGCGACCGCAUCCUCAAGACCUUCCAGAACGCUGUGGAGGCAGUGACACCACACGGCUCUGCGGUCAUCUCUCCAGAGGACACCAAAGAAGAUUCCACUGGGUCAAAUCGCUUUUCGGCCACUUUCCUUAGCUCUCGCCACCACAUCGUGAUGUCAAACAGUGGCACAAUCUCCAACCCCAGCAGUGGCCACAUCCACCUGCCCGUGUUGGCAGGCAGGACGCCACACCGUUUCACCAAGUCUCCAAACUUGCACUCACGUUCUCAACCCAAUUUGCAGAUUUGUUCCCUUUGGUCUGCCGAAGGCAGGUCCAUUCCUGCACGGGCUGUUAGUUCCAAUCUAGAAACGGGCCACAGCAAGCUUAAACAACCAACUGUUAACCACCUGACCAGGUCCAGACCUGCUCUUGACACCACAGAGUUUGGUAUUAAAGCCAGGAAAGGCAACAAAUCUAAAGCGAAGAAACUUGUGGGGAAGUACUCAAAGAAUCCAAAGACAUUUUAAAAAUUUCAGUCAACAAUGUGUCUCAAUAUUGGUGCGAUUUAAUUCGCUUGACCAGUGGAGGCUGUUUUACUCAGAAAACUGAAUAAACACAAGCAUGUCG